GUGAUUUUGUGUGAAAAUUUCGCACGCGACCGGGUCCGUCGUUCGAGAGGGAAUAUAUUCGUGGAAUUUCUCUUCUCCUCCGGGAGAACUGGAAACGCGUCCAUGCGUUGGUACAAAGACGCUUCACCUUGAUCUCGUUUUGUCCGAGCUCCCACGCGCGCAGACGGUUGAAACGGCGCCUCCUCGCGCGCGCGCCCGCGCCCGCGAACGCGAACGCGCCCGCGUGCGCACGUGGCUCCGCGAAAUGAGGAGGAACUGCGUGCGGAGAGACAGUAUUCUACGGAGAAUAUUGCCUCUUCCGGUAAAUAAAAUUGACAGAGCCGAUGCUGAAAGCCAAGUGGAAAGGCCUACGCGACACAUUUCGCGCGGAGUUGAAGAAGGACCAGGUGUACCGUAAGAGCAAGUUCCACCGUAAUCGGCCGGUAUGGAUCCACUUCAAGAGCCUGCAGUUCCUCAAGGAGCAGAUGCUGCCACGGCCGCCGAUUUGGGAGCGCAGUGUCGCCAAGACUGAGGAUGACCUGCAGCCGUGCAAGAGCGAAACGGAAAACGGCGCGUUGGUGAUGCACGGCGGCCUCAACAGUGGUCUUGACGAUCGCGACGCGAUCGCCGAUCAUUUGCUAUCUAUGGCCGGUCAUGACAACGGCCAUCAUCAGCUGAAGUUGGACAGCGACGGUCGGCGCCUCGUCGACGUGAAGCGCGAGCCCGAGGAAAGCUUCGACAACCUUGAGUUCCAGAGUGUCGCCGAUAACCUGGCGGAUAACGAGAUGAUGCUGCAAAACAUCUCGCCUGAACAGGUGUUGAUGAGCGAAAGUGACGGUGCCGUCGGCCUGACCGGUGUGGAUCCACUCGAGGGCAACCGCUUCGACGACAACUACUACUUCCUCAUGAGCCUGUUACCGCACAUCAGGACCUUGCCGGCGGAUCGCAGGAUGCUGCUGCGCAUGCAGAUGCAAGAGCUCGUUUACAAGGAGGUCUACAAGAAGGCUGCCGAUAGCGAGCAGACGGCGAAGACUUAACUCGAGUCGUGCGAGCGACUCGCCGUCGUCGGCCGUCUUUCGGCGUCAACUCGCGAGAUUUCUUGUUCCCUCGAGGAGUAAGGAGUCCUGAUUUGAUACGUGUAUAAACGAACGACCCUUAGUCCUCGAGGAUUGACUGUAUGAUUCUUAGAAGACACGCAGUGUAUUUUUGAUUCUCUCCGUACGAGAACGAUCGGUGAAAAUAAAAGAGAGAUAGUUACCUUUUGU